AAAGCAAAUUGACGUUUUACAUUCCAAAUAAUAUUUUUUAAUACGAAUUUUAAAUAUAAAAAAUGACUGAAUCUGAAUUUCAACAAAUUGACCUAAGUGGCAAGCUUAUUAUUAAGGUUCAACUUGGCAAUGAUAUACGCAGAAUUCCUAUUCAUAAUGAAGCCCUAACUCUUGAUGAGCUUGUGCUAAUGAUGCAAAGAGUAUUUAGAGGAAAAUUAUCAUCUAAUGAUGAUAUUACCAUCAAAUAUGCAGAUCAAGAUGGAGAUUUGAUAACUAUAUUUGAUAGUUCUGAUUUAUCAUUUGCUAUUCAGUACAGUCGUGUUUUAAAGUUAAAAAUAUUUUUGAGAAAUAAAGAUACUCUAGAAAAUGAUAAUUUUGAAUGUUUUGAUUGUUCUGUGAUUAAAAAAGAAUUAUGUGCAAUACGGGACCAAGUGAAUCGAUUGCUGGAUACUUUAAGUAGUGCACAUAAACCACAUUAUGUCACGCAAGGAAAUAAUAAAGAAAUCAAAGCUGCUUCCAAGGAAUCAGAACAUGAGCAUCAAUCACAAAUUAAGCCAACAGCUGUUACUAAAGACUUCGACCCCAUACAAAAAAGUAAAGUAAAAGAGGCAGUAGUAGAAGAUAAAACACCAAAAAAUACACAAAUAAAAACAAAUGCAACAUUACAAAAUAAUGUUGAAGUUAGUAAGGUUGAUUCAGCUUUUAAUUAUCCACAAACUCAUCUUCAGCAAAAUGUUGGAACAACUCCUGCUUUACAAGGAGAAGUUCCACUAGUUAGCAGCCGUAUAUUUCCACCUAGUAAUACAAAACUACCUCAGCAAGGAACUACAGGGGCGAUUUCAAUUGAUGGAAAUAUUGCACAGCAAAAUUAUGGAUACAUGCAACCACAACCAUCUAAUGUAGCAUUUUCUGAUUAUUCCCAGUAUAAUCAAUCAUGUAUGCCGACUAGUAUGUCCCAGUAUUCUAUGCCAAAUGAUACAAAACAAAACUUACCACCUCCAACAUCGGUGUACCCAGUUGCAGCUGACAUCUCUCAACAUGGAGUUCACUCCAGUUACAAUAAUAUUUUGUACUCAAAUCCAGCUUACCAAAUACCACAACAAGUGCCAACAUAUCAAAUGCAGCAAAUGGGAUUGUAUCAGGAUAAUAAACAAUGAAAUAAAAGAAUCCAUACCGAUAUAGUAAAUAAUUUGCCCAA